AUCCGAGUUUCUAGUUUCCUGUAGUGCUCGGCUGCAUAGAGGGCUGAACUCCUCUCAAGUGUCCUCUCCCAUCUCUCUCCUCCCGCCAGUGUGUAUGUGUGUGAGAGAGACUGACGGUGAGAGAGAGAGAAGGGGAGGAGGACGACGACAGAGAGUGUGCGAGCCUUUGGCAUGACAUGACCCACUCUUAUAAGAUCAAAAAAGCUUCUAGUGUCUACUUCAAUUGUGGGAAGGCCAGCCAUGCGGGAAGACAGACAGCAGCCGCAGCUGUCCCACGUAGGCUUUCCUCUCUGUGUGAAACCCAUCCGAGUGUAUAUUUGUACACUGAGCUAGCAGCCAAAUGCUUUUCUCGUCCAAAGUUGUGCGAAUUUUUUAGCCUUGAGUAGAGCGAGGUCGAAGCCAGGCACACACGCGUUUUGCUCUGCUCUGCUCUACAGCAGCUCGGAACGGCAACAGUUUGGGUGCUGUGGAUUCAAGAAGAUGGAAGUGACGCACUUCGAAAGCUGCUGAGAUCACCACAGCGUCGGCAAUGCACAAAGGGUAGCAGCGCAACGAUGGAUCAUGGGCAUCGGAACACUGGCCUCUUGUGUUCAGCAUGCAGCCUGAACACGAUCAUGACGUGAUACCGACCGGUCCGUAGCUGCUGGUCCCAUGGAACUGCGGGUGAGCAUUCUGCUGGUGCUGCUGUGCUGGUCUUGGCCAGGAGCAGUGGUGCACGGGCAGACAUCACGAUUCUUCUUCCCGAACUUUGUUCCUGAUUCCAACUCCCACGCAGGCCUGACCACAAUCGGGUCGUCCUUCGUGCUGUAUGGCCAACUUCAGCUCACCCCGGACAACGAGAUGGCUUCUGCUCCGGACAACGAGAUGGCAGUGGGCAAAGCCUUCUACUCCGAGAGAAUCCGAAUGCGGGACGCCACGACGGGCCAAGCAGCGUCGUUCAGCACGUACUUCACAUUUUCCAUCAACAACUUGAGCUGCGCUCGAGAGCUCUGCGGAGAUGGAAUAGCUUUUCUCAUCUCCCCCGAUGACCACUCUCUGGGAGAGCACGGAGGAAAUUUGGGCAUAUACAACAGCAGCACUGCGGAUGGAGCUCGGCCGAGGCUCGCCAACACAUUAGCCGUAGAGUUCGACACUUAUCGGAACGAGGCCCCAAUCCAGGAUAUAGACGAUAACCAUGUCGGAAUAAACUUGGAGAACGCCACGUCCAAAAUAGUGAAGAGUGCCAAUUCCGUGGACAUCAACCUCAAGGAUGGGAGGGAGCUCACGGCCUGGAUCGACUACGAGAGCUCAAAUCAAAGCCUGCAAGUCAGAAUCGGAAGAAACGCCUCCAACAAGCCCGCCGAGCCUUUGAUCGACUACAUUCUGAACAUGACGGACGUGGUGAACGAAUUCAUGUACGUGGGCUUCGCUGCUGCGACCGGCGACUCCUACGAGCUCCACACCAUCUACUCCUGGAGCUUCAACAGCCACGCCAAGGAGCCAUUCGCCCCGCCCGCAGCUGACCUCGUGCCCACUGACCCAUGGAAUGGGCUGCCCAUCCCUCGCCAGACUCCAGCCUCCGAGCCUCCCUCGUCCUCCCGGGCUUCGCUGUCGAAUGUCCUCACGGGGCUCGUAGUCGGCCUCCCCAUCGGAGUGGGCGUGCUGAUCUUCAUCUGCGCAUUCUUUCUGCUGGGCAAACGACGGAAGCUUUGGCUUCUGAGGAGAAAGAGCCAAGACUCAGGCGAUGCCGCAUUGUAUGGGCCCGAGAGUUUCAGAUACAAGCAGCUGAGCGUGGCCACUCAGGGGUUCAGCGACAAGGAGAAGCUCGGGAAUGGCACAGGAAAUGUGUACAGGGGAGUGCUGGCCUCGACGGGAGCAGUCGUGGCGGUGAAGAGGCUGCGGGAUGUGAACUCGAAGCAGGAGAAGGAGGUGCACGCGCAGCUGUCGACAUUGACCCAGCUGCGCCACCGAAAUCUCGUCCAGCUGCUGGGAUGGUGCCGAGACAGGGGCAAGUACAUUCUCGUCUACGAGUUCAUGCCUCAGGGCAGUCUGUCCAAAGCUCUGUAUCAGGACAUCGAGGCCGGAGAGUGCCUCUCUUGGCCACAAAGGUUCAACAUCAUCACCGGCCUCGCAGAAGCUCUGAACUACCUCCAUGGGCGGUACAAUCAGCAAGUGAUCCACCGCAACGUCAAGUCCAGCAGCAUUUUGCUGGACGAGCAGUUCAAUGCCAAGCUCGGGGACUAUGGCUUGAUUGAAGAGCAGACGAAGAAGAAGGCUGACGCCUCUCAUGCUCAAGCUCGUGAUUCGUUCGGGUACACUGCGCCCGAGGCAUUCCAGACCGGGAAAGGAUCGAUCAAGGCCGAUGUUUAUUCCUUCGGAGCGGUUGCUCUCGAGGUAGCCUGCGGCAGGAGGCCGAUCGAAGGAGCAUUUUCAUCUGAAGAGGUUUUCAUUGUCGAUUGGGUGUGGGGGCUUCAUAGUCAUGGCGGUAUUACCGCCGCGGUCGAUAAAAGAUUGGGAGGGGACUUCGUGGCUGCCCAAGUUCAGGCUGUUCUCUUGGUCGGACUCCUCUGCUCUCAACCCGAUCCCGCCCAAAGACCGUCCAUGAGACAGGUGCUGAAAUAUCUCGCAGGAGAUGCACCAAUUCCUCCGGCCCCUAGGCCGCUGUCUUCAUUCCAACCCUCUCUAAGUGCAGCUAGCUCAAGCAGCAAAAGCUCUAUUCGCUUCUUUCAAAGUAGCAGCUGAUUUAGCAGCCAUGUCCGAAACAGGGUCAUGCAGAGAUUUACUAUACCAGACAUCGAAUCUUCAGUUUAUCGUUUUAAUUUCUUUAAUUUUUUCUGUAGCGUAGUAUAUCUGAGAGCGAACAGCUUAAAUUUCUUUAGGAUCUUGAAGGUGGACGAGAACAUACUCUCAGGGGCUGGCGGUGGUGGAUACUUGGUCUUCAUGAGAUACAUAGCCUGGAUGAACUUUCACGAGACCCGAGCUCCCAGUAGGCAUUACUAGAAUGCAUAACUUCUUGUUGGAUCUUCUACGUAUGUGAAACCUCUUCAGGAGAAUUCUCUUAUGGAUACUCUUCAGAAGUAGAACUUCGAGGGUCAAGACCUCCAAUUGUCCUGAUUGUUUCAAGAAAGAAGCAUGAGUUUCUUGAAGUCGAGAGCAGGGUUUCUCAUAAUUUUAAUACACUUGUACAUUGCGUUCAACAAAGGAAUAUGGGUUUAACAUUG